CAGAGGACAGACUCAGUCUCAUGCUGCAGGGAAGGAGUGAGUGUGAUCUUCAGGGCUGCAGUAAGUCCUGUAAUCUUUAAAUAUAGUGUAAGGGCAUUGUAUACUGUCUGGCAUUUGAGGGGGGGGACUCUUACAAAAGAGUUUUUAUUAGAAAAUAAAAAGUUCUGUAAAGAAGACUAAUUUCUACAACUUUUUAAAAAAGAAAAUGCACAUUGUUUCCCCCUAGACUUUUAGAGAAAUCUGCAUGUUUCAAGUUUUCCUUCCAGCUUUCCAAACAGCUGAAAGUAAUUUGCUGUUGCAGAAAAUAGAUUUUUUUAUUGCUAAACCUUUAUGAGAUUGUUAAGAAAAAAAAAAUGCUGUACAAUUGCAAUGUAUUGAUAUUUGACAUGCAUUAGAUAGAAAAUACAGUGUGAUGCAAGGGGUGUAAUGUAGAAGAAGUCACUGACAGUCUAUUUCAAAGCUGUCAAGGCAUCAUGGGAGUUGUAGUUCUUGGAGAGGUAAGUGGUUUGCAGUUUGCCCUCUCCCAGGUGUAAUGUAUACUAAGUUUACAAGUGGCAAUGUAUUUUAGGAAAUCUCAAUCCCAAAGGCCAAGCCACUACUAAGUUCUGUUCUAGUAAUAAAAUCUGCAAAUGAAAUAGUCUCCCCCAUUUAUUUUUAGCUUUCCUCCCCUUUACUCCAAUAUUUACAACAAAUUGCAAGUCUGCUGCUCUGUUUAAUUGUAUUUAAACACCUUACAAAAACACAUAACACCGAAGUAAAAUUGUUUAUUAAAUGCUGGUGUUUUUAUUUAUUUUGAUUUUAUCACUUGAUACUUUUCAUCUUGAUUUAUCUAAUUGUAAAUGAGUACAUGUAGGGGACUACACUAACUUUUUAGCUUAAAUUAAUGCAGAAUAGACACAUGCAUCAGUGCCUUCGCUUUCAUAGUGUUCCUAUGGCCCCGUACUAUGUAUUACAUAUAAUCACCUAUUUCAUAUGAAGACUGGGAUGGAUACUGUUAGGGACAGCAUUGGUUAAUAAAUAGCAAAAAUGUCGAUGCUAAUUUUGUAUUUUUGGUACUUUAAUUGGUGUGUUAAUAAACCGUUAAUUAUACUACUGAAAAAAAAUGUAUAAUUCGUAAAGUAAAAGGACUUUAGUAUUUCCACUUGUGAGUCAGUGCACACAAUGGGGCUCAUACAUCGACAAGAAUGGUCAUGAAUUGAAAUCAGGCUUACUAAAUUUAGGAUUGCUAGCUUGACUUUAAAAAUUGAAUUGCAAGAUUUAGAACAACAAAAAGAUUUGGAAAUUCCCAGUUGGGCUAUAAUCACAGGAAAUAUUCACUUUGCUAUGGGAUUUACGUUUUACUAUAAUUUUUUGAUAAAAAUGCAACACUGGAUUAGGCCUUAUCAACGUUACGAAGGAUUUUGUAGCGCUGCUUUCUUUUUGUGAGAGAUAUUCAUUAAAAAAAAAAAAAAAACAGGCUUUUUUUUUUACUUUUUUUUUUUUAAAUAUAAAUUGAUGUUUUUAAAGUGGCUUUUGACUGUCAAAAAUAUCUAGGUUCAGAUAUAUCAAAAUUUUAUCAGUUUUGCUAUUUUUAAAAAUGUUUACAUUUUUUUUUACCAAUUCACCACAUUUCUCAAAGCCAUAAGUCGUUACCACAAUAUCAUUAAGGCCUGCUAUUGGCAUAUUUCAGAUGAUAUACAAUAUAUCCAGGUGUUGUUUAAAUAAACAAUCUGGGUUAUUCACAGAACUGUGAAUUCAAUGUUUUAGACCACAAUUGGCAAGUUUUGAAAAAUCCUCUAAAUCAGUGUUUUCAUUUGACUUAUUUUGGCCUUAAUUUUAGAAAUUCAUGUUUGAAUUUGCGACACUUAACACUUUAGUAAACAACUUUGCUAAUAUCUAAAUGAUAUGCCAACGUAGUCAAUAUUGGAUUGCAAAGGCUUUAAGUCAAUCUUUCUUAAUUAGUCUUAAUCAUUCUUAAGCCUGAGCCUUUGAACCAUGAGGUGUAUAAAAGUUCUCUGUAAAAAUAGCUGCCCAUUUAUUCUGUCUGGUGGGUCUUUAGAUGUCAUGUCAGUUUGGGAAGUCUGGCUUUAUUGCAGAGCAAAUGUUGCCCUGUGUCAACUGAUUGUUUCUCUUUUUGUUUAAUUUAAACAAACUUUGACUUUGAUCUAUGUAAGUGUGUAAUGUCCUCUUUUCCCAUAAAAUCCUGUCUCCCCCUAACCUGGCUGAAUCUGUCACAUCUCUCCAUCAGUUAAAUUCCUUCAUCCCAUUUACAUUAGAUUCCAUCUGACCAGCUUGCUAUUGUAGUGUAAUAAACUCUUAAAUUACGUUAAAAGAAGUCAUUUAUCUUUAGGAAACAGAAGUAGAGUAUUAAGCCUGGAUAGGAGUGUCACUACUUGGAAAAUCCAGAUGAGAUAAUGUGUUUCUCUGCAGUGCUUUGUAAUGAUAACAAGGAUUUUUAUCAAAGAUUUAAAGGAAAGUAAACUUUUUAAAAUAACAAAGUGGGUGGAAGAGUGGGUUAGUACUUUAAUUAUAGAUGAUUACUGAGCAUUAACGUCACAUACUUCCAUACAUCCUAACAUAUAGUGAUAUGAAUGAAGGAGAUGGUGUGGGACCAGCUGUGAGGGUGACACGGUUGGCUCGACUGAAUAGAAGAGGGGUACAGCCUGGCAUGACUCCCAAAUCAGGUCUCCCACCAUUGGUUAUUACAUUGCUGUGGCAUGAGCUUCGCAAAGGGAGAGCUCGUCUAAUGAUGCCCUCGUUAAAGAUAAAUACUGUGGUGUCUCUAAGAGCGGCAGUACAGGAGUUACAAAUCAAGACUGGCCUGCCAAAUCCAUGACUGUUGGGUGCUAUGGGCUUUUACUUUCUAAUACAUAAGAUACCAACUAUGAGAGAUGCAGACUGACAGCAGUUAGAGGUGUGUGUGCAGCACAAUCAUUUAGAAUGAAAUGUUCUAUACAUUCAGUGUAAGAAUGCUACUUCAUCCACUCUGUAGUGGGAUUUCUAUUAUAUAUGAGGACUGGGUAUCCCUUCUUUGCACCUGCUCCUUUGUGUUUGCUUUCUGAUUUGUUGAUUGAAUUGCUAAAGUGCUACUGUAUUUCUGCUUACCAGCAGUUCCAUUAUUACGUCAGUAAGGAUUGAUUUAUGGUCAAACGUAUUUUCCCAUGAACAUUCCAAAUAGCAUUUUAUGGAAAAAGAUAUUAAAGAAGAACGAUAGUGUGUGUGUGGGGGGAUGGUGUCCUAUAUUUUAAUGUAUUAUUGAUAAGACACUAAAAAUGCAAAAAUAUUUAAAUUAAAAUAAAAUAGAUAACGUUUAAAGUUCUCUGCAGAUAAACCAGUUUGGUGGGUCUGCCUACAGCUACAAGCAGACUACUUCCUUAUCAGGCAGAGAUCUCCAUUCAGAUGUGUUUCGGUCUACUCUAUAGGACAUGUAUUUUUUUCCCAAGUCGAGUUGGGGCUUAUGGAAUAAAUAGUUUACUUAGGAUGAGUGGAACUGCUCUACCUGGGCCGCAAGCAGUUUACACAUCGCCUCGUUCAUAGUUUAAUAAACUGGACUACGUGAGUCAAUCAGCAGAACUAAGGUCCAAACAUAUACAAUCCGUGGUUUGGUUCUCUCUUCUGGGAAAGGAGGGAGCGCUAUCCAAGUUGUGCAUGUGCAUUGUGAAUUCACAACAUGGACAAAUAACAAACUGUUUAGGCUGCCUCCUGACUGACAGCUCUUAGGGGGCUGUCUUAGAGCUGCAGAUUUUUUCCCUUAAAUCGAUGCAUCUCUCCAAAUUUUGAGAUUUGCUGCAGCUAAGGUUAUGCAAUAUUGCAAAGAUGUGACAAUGCUCGGUGUGACCUUGUCAUAAUCGAGAAUCCAACAAAACAAUCCAGAUUUUGGUGCAUUGGUUAUUGGCAAAGUCAUGGCUAGUUUUGGUGUGACGUAGUUAGGUUCCCAUUUACUUUUUGAUUUUGUGUGUUUCUGUUGAGGAAACAAUUGUUCGUGCAAACUUAGAAAUGGACUGCUCUUGAAUUGUUUGUUUUUAUGCUAUUUAUGAAUUUAACUUGAAAAUCAGGUCUGACUGUUGUCUUUAGAAAUAAGCCAUAAUCGAACAAAGAUCCUGCCUAGCCAAACAACUCAUUUCAUCUACACAUUGCUCUGUAAGUUUUCAUUUACAGCACGCACAAUGCGUUAUAUUUACAGACUGAUUUCUGAACAUAUUUAUUGUACUUUAAAUACACUUUGUGACUAUUAUUGCUGUGAAACUCUGGUCGAAAUUCAGACACUCCAACAAUACUGAACUCCUACAGAAGAGCAACAUUAAGAUAGAAAAAAGGGACAGAGGGAUAUGAGCCCAAACUAGGGACUGUCUCUACUAAUUAGGGACACUGGGGAGGUAAGUGGCAAAAAAAGAGAAAAAAACCUCAGAGAUAACUAAUACAGCAGAUGUAUGUACAUACGUCUAACUGUGUAAUCCCAGACUGUUUAUUUUGAAAAGCCAUAUUGUGUCUUUUGUGGGGGUUUUUCUUUCGAGGUAACUACUCAAAUAUCUCUCAAUCACACAGGUGUGUGCAUGUAUGUAAUACUAGAAGGUUGCAUGCCAAGAAGGUUUCUGUUUGGCCUCAGGUGUUAAUGUAUUCACAUAGCAGGGGCUUUAACCCAUUAUUGUCAAAGCCUCAUUUUUUGCUUUUAUUAAAAAUAAUACAUUUUAAGAUAAAAAUAAAAUGAAAAAAACACCUCAUCUGUUAAAUUCACCAGUAAUCCAGUGUUAGGGGAAUCUCUUCUUUGCAUCAAAUUUACCUAUUUUGAGAAUAUUAACCCCUUAAGGACACAACUUCUGGAAUAAAAGGGAAUCAUGACGGACUAUUUCUGUCAUUUGUCCUUAAGGGGUUAAUACUGAUGGUCUGUGGUCCCAUCAGAUGCGCUGGUCCCAUCAGAUGCGCUGCAGAGAUGUUAUCAGAACUAUGGCGCACAUAUUGCAGUCACAAUAGGGAAACAUUUAACCCUAUUUAUAAGAUACAUUAACAGCGUUCACGUCAUCAUGCUGUGUGUGAUGCUGAACGUGAAGUAAAUUUUUAGAAGGUAUUCAGUAAUAAAGUAUUUAACAAGGAACUGUACAAUCCAAUUACUCUGGUUUCCAAGUACGUCCUGUAGAUGUUAUUUUUGCCCAACAACCAGUGGAUGUUACUGUUGCCCAAUUUAAUUAGGAAGAGCCUUUAGUUGCUGGCUGAUAAUCACAAGAAGCGUGGUUUUGAAUUAAUGUGCACAGUGACAUUUGCCAACAAACGUUCUCUGAAAAGGCAAUGUUUUACAUUGAGAAAAAAAAGGGAUAGUAUCUGCGCACCAACACCACUUCAUUAAGUUGAAGUGGUGUUGGAGUUUUCAUUAUCCACUGAAGAACAAUUUUGAUAUUAUCUACUUUUGUUUUAUUUAACUUUUCUUCUUUCUUAUUUAGUUCACCUACACAUAUUAUCUACAACUCUUUAUAAAACACAGCAACCCCCUAGAUACCCAUGGCUUAAAGGGACACCAGAAGAACUACAGCUUAUUGUAUUUGUUUUGGUGAGUAUAAUCAUUCCUUUCAGACUUUUUGCAAUAAAUACUGUCUUUUCAGAGAAAAUGCAGUGUUUACAUUAAAGCUUAGUAAUAACUCCACUGGCUACUUAUCAGAUGACUACUAUAUGUGCUUCCUGGGGCAGUGCUCCACAGUGUGACUGGCAUUCAGUGUCUCCAUCCUCUGCAUGGAGACACUGAACUUUCUUAUAGAGAUGCAUUGAUUCACUGCAUCUCUAUGAGGACUGUAUUUGACUUGUGCUGGCUCUGCCCCUGAUCUGCCUCCUUGACAGUAUCAGCCAAUUCUAUGGGGAAAGCAUUGUGUUUGGCUCAGACCACCACUUCUGAUGAUGUCAGCAGAGCAGGCAGUUCAGGGGCAGAGGCCGCAGCUGCAGACUGUCCUCCUGCAGCCAGUCCAACCCUUCCGGGCCAUGUGAUCAUGAUUACAUCGCAAUCACGUGACUGGUUUGGCGGUCUGCUGAUCUGCAUCUGGGUUGUCAGGCAGUCCCCCAAACACUACAAUAAAGUGUGAAAAAAAACCGUUAUUUACAGUUUUAUCACUAAACACACCGUGUAUCAUCAGUGAAAGUGUCUUUUGCAUGUGUGAAAAAAAAAAUCCUAUUGACCUCUCCUGACACCUCAGCGUUCUAUGUGUUCGGGUGGGUGGCCGCCAUUCGUAUGCACGAAUACGUGGGACCUGAGUUGGCGACCAUCUUGUUCGCACAAAUGCAGGCAACGGUGUUUGGUCAUCGAGUGCAUGGAACUAAAAUCGGGCACUCUAACUUGCGAACACCACUGAACUUUGAUGAACACCUGCUUCUUUUAUAUACAUGUCAGAAGAGCGCCGUUAGGAUUCUUCGAAUGAACUUGGCGAACAAUCGUUACCUACGAGCCAGAGGGUGAGUUCGGUUUUGGACUGAAAAUGAACGACCGCUACCCCUUUUCUAAUGGAACUAUUUUGGGCAGAAGCCACGUGUGAGAUUGGUCAAAAGUUUACUUCCAUGGAAAAUCCAAACCACCAAACCGAUCUGAGUGCUUUUUGGAUAUGAUUGGCACAAAGAUCAGGGCUAUCCGGGGAUGUGACUCUUGAGUGGUUUCCAUGGAUUUUGGGGGUACUUUUGGGGUGUUGUAAAAUUGUUGUAUUUUUCUGUACCCCGAGAUAAUUGAGUUUGUAUAGCUAGGAAGCGUGUUUGGCGGAGCUGCCCAAUCCGGGUACCAGGUUGUCCGCCACACCUGGAUUGUGUACUUUUGCAAAUGCUGUGCCAUGAUGGGGAUAAGAUAACUCAAAGGCAAGAUAACCAAUCUGGCAAAUUUCAAUGUGUAAAAACUGAAAAGGGGAAAGCCCUAUAUUUGACCCUGUAAGUUUACAAAACCCAUUAAAACCUAUAAAUGGUGGUACUGUUGUAUUUGUGAGACAUCGCUAAGCACACCUGUAUUUUAUUGCAGUAAAUAACCUCCCAAUACGAAAAACAUUAUUAAAUGCUUUCCUAUGGGGAUUCUGGCUACGCUAGAGGUCCUCAUGCAUUGAUUAUUAUUAUUAUUAUUAUUAUUAUUUUAUUAUUUAUAUAUCACCAACAAAUUCCGUAGCACUGUAAAACACUUUUUGUGUUUUAAGAACCCAGAAGUCCCUCUAGGGGCUGUCUGAUAGCCACUAGCGGAGGACUUAACCCAGCAAGUAAUUAUUGCAGUUUAUAGGUACUGCACUAAUUACUCUUGCAGGGUUAAGGGUGAUGGGAGUUGGCACCCAGACCACUCCAAUGGGCAGAAGUAGUCUGCUGGCCUGGAGUGUCCCUUUAAGGGGUUAAUGUAAUGCGUGAGACAGAGAAAGUGACUUGUGGGAACAUGUCUUUUGCUGUAAUUUGUUGUUCCACCCUAAUUAAAAGCAAGAAAAAACACAGGCAGGGUUCAAUGUACACAGUUUCAAAUCUUAAAAACAAGAAGUGAGAGCAAAGUAUUCUUUUACAAAAAAAAACUGAUAUAUAGUACUUUAACUGGGACAAUUCCAAGUGAAUUUCAAAUUUUAGGUCAAAAUAGCUGACCUUUGGACUAGUCUCGAUAGGUGUUCCUAGGCAAUAAAAUACAUGCAGGAACAUACUAUACUCAUUUGAACAACUAUAUUAAGCUGUAGUUGUUCUGUUGACUAUAGUGUCCCUUUAAGCUUAUAUUUCAAAAACGCACACUUACACGUUAGUUGAACAUAGUUAUAAGUAAGCACAAUACAAUCCUGUUUAGUGACAGUUCUCCUUUUAAGCAUGUGCCUUUUAAGACACGGUGACCAAUCCUGCACAAGGGUAUAAAAUAGUAUUAAUUAUAGAUUGCAGCAGUGCAAUCUGGGAACAUGUAAGACCACUGAGAAGCGGCAGGAUUUGGCGAUCGAUUGGACAUGAGGGGUGAAGGGGAGGUCGGAGUCAAAGAGAACACUUAGGCAGCGAGCCUUCAAGGUAGAAGAUGGUGACACUGUUGACUUGGAGGGAGACAGACACAGGAGUAGCAGCACUUGAGGGAGGAAAGACCAGAAGUUCUGUUUUGGACAGUCAUCCAAUUGGAAAUCGUAGAGAGGCAGUCAGAGACACGAGUCAAGAUGGGCAGAGAGAGAGAUCAGGAGAGGACAGGUAGAUUUGUGUGUCAUCUGCAUAUAAAUGAUAUUGGAAGCCAAAGGAGCUGAUAAGUUUACCAAGGGAGGCAGUGUAGAUACAGGGCCGUCUUUAAUAACGAAUGGACCCUGGGCAAGUGUUUGCUUGGGCCCCCUGUGCCCUGCCGCUCUCGCCCCUCACUCCCUGGUAUGCAAUCACGGCAUCCAUCCCAACGCAGUGGCGGUACUAAAGUAGAAUGAAUUUUAUUGGGACCCCCAAUUGCAAGGUUGGACUAAAGGUAGAACCCCAUCUGUCGUGCAACUCCAACAAUGCUUUGACAGCUGGGACUCUACCAAUUUCCCAUGCUUGCAGGGUUGUAUUUAGCACUGAGCCAUGUUUGUAUGUUUGAAUGUAAGCAUGUGUUUGUAUGGAGUAUGUUUGUGUGAAUGUGUUUGUAUGUGGUACUGGAGUUUGAAUGCAAGUGUGCAUUUAUGUGUAGUGUUUGUUUUUGAAUGUAGGAGUGUGCUUGUAUGUAGUGUUGACGUUUCAAUGCAGGAGUGUGUUUUAUAUGUAGUGUUGAAGUUUGAAUGGAGGGGUGUAUUUGUAUUUAAAGUUGCGGCUCAGAUGCACAGGUACACACUCUGACGCACAAGCAGAUACACAGAUACAUACACUGACUACAUACAGAUAAACAGGCACAUACACUGACAGACACACUGACACAGGUACAUAUAUUGACACACACACAGACACAUACACUGGUAGACGUACUGACAGACAUACUGACACAGGCACAUAUACAGACAUACUGACACACAGACACAUAUACCGACAUACUGACACACACACACAGACACAUACACUGAUCAACAUACUGACACACAUACACUGACAGAAAUACUGACACCCACACACUGACAGAUAUACUGACACCCACAUACACUGAGAAAUACUGACACACACACACAGGCACAUACACUGACACACACAGACUGAUAUACUGACACACACACACACAGACAUACUGGCACACAGACAGAUAUACUGACACAUGCAUACACAUGCACUAACAGACAUACUGACGCACUGACAGACAUACUGACACACACAGAUAUACACACACAUAUAUAUACUGACAGACAGACAGACAUGCUGACACACACACACAUACACUAACACACACAUACACUAACACACACAUACACUAACACACAUACACUAACACACACUAACACACAAACACACACACAUACACUAACACACACAUACACUAACACACACAUAACACACAUAACACACACACACUACACACACUACACACAUACACAACACACUAACACACACAUACACUAACACUACACUACACACAUACACUAACACACAUAACUACACAAACACACACACUAACACACUAACACACACACACACAUUUUUUUAAAUGUAAUCCCCCCAGCCUCCUUACCUUUCGGAGUGCUGGGGGAUUCUGGGGUCCAGUGGUGCUGCUGGGCUCCCUUGGUGGCCGUCGGGCAGGAAGGCGGCGCGGAGCACUCACUGCUUCCUCUUCAGCUCCCUCACGCCGCGCCCAGCCCGGCAGUGUGCGGAGGGGAGCUGAAGAGGAAGCAGUGAGUGCUCCCUCGCGCGCCUGCCUUCCUGCCCGACCGGCCACCCGCCCGCCGGGGUCAGCAGGGCCGCCUCCUGGGCGACCCUGGUAUGUACGCCACUGCCCUAAGUGCAUGGGCCACCCGGUGGGACUCAGAGGAUGGGGAAAAAAAUAAAUUGAUGAGGGCAGCAGGGCCCACGGGGCAGGUGCCUCGGGCCCCCCCAAGAGAAACUGGGCCCGGGGCAGCUGCCCCGUUUGCCCCGCGUUAAAGACGGCCCUGUGUAGAUAGAGAACAGUAGGGGACCAAGGACAGAACCUCAGGGAACGCUAACAGAGAGGGGUUGAGGAGAAGAGGCAGAGCCAGAGAAAGAAACACUGAAAAAGCGCUGGGAGAGGUAGGAGGAGCUCCAGGAGAGAGCAGUAUCCCGUAGACCGAGAUUACAGAGAAUGAGAAGAAGCUGUUGAUGUUCAACAGUGUCAAAGGAAGCAGAAAGGUCAAGGAGAAUUAGGAUAGAGGAAUGGCCGUGAGACUUAGCAGGGAUUAAAUCGUUGGAUACUUUGGUCACAGCUGUUUCAAAAGUGUGAUGAGCGCGGAAUCCAGACUGAAGCGGGUCAAGCAGAGAGUUGGAUUCGAGGAAGUCUGUCAAUCUCUCAAUAAUUUUUGAUAUAAGUAAUUACUCUAUUUAAUAAAUAAUUAAUGUUUCAAGUGUGGUUAUAUUUAAUUUAAUAUAUGCAAAAAAGUGAGAAGAUACUACAACAAUAUGUCUUGUGGAGAUGAUAUAUCCUAUCGCAACCAGUGAAACUCCAUGCAUUUAUAAAUAAACCCCUACAAAGUCCGACUUACUUAAUAGUGAUAGUGCUUAACUGCACUUAUAUAUUUGAGAGCCCAGAUUGCUAUCUGGAAUAUUUCUUGCAAAAGGUUGAGUACAAAAAAUAAAAAUUGAAAACAUUAUAGAAAAUAAUGAAAAAAUAAUAGAGAAUAAUGAAAAAAUUAAAGAUGAAAAAAAUUAUGUAUAUACAGUCACAGUGUGUACACACUAUGAUGUUUGGGUGGAUCUCACCAAUAUUUCCGUAGAGGCAGGUCCUGUUGCAGGCAAAGUUGUAAUAUAUACAAUUUGAUGAUACAAUGAGCUGUUCGCAGUACAAGAUAUCCUGGUAGUCCUGCUAAUUUUCCUUGGAUGGAUAUAAUGUCUCUCCAGUGUCGGUAAAGUGCUGGGCGUCUCUCUAAUGUCGGGGGGGUGCUGGACUGCGCGCUCGGGACCUUGAUAGCCCCUUCGAUAGCCCUCAAUCUCUCAUAUACCACUUUCUCAAGGAUCUUGGAGGCAAAUGGCAGUAGCGAUAUAGGGAGGUAGUCGGAUGGGGAGUUGGGGUCAAGGUUGGACUUUUUUCAGAAUUGGUGUUAUGGUUGCAUGCGUAAAGGGUGAAGCAAAUGUGCCAGAGGAAAGGGAGAGAUUGAAAAUUUUAGUGAGAGGAAGAGCAAGAGAGGAUACAUAGUGUGGAUGAGAUAUAAAGGAAUAGGAUUGAGGGAACAGGUGGUGGGGUGGGAGGACCGGAGCGGAGCAGAAGCCUCUUCCAUUGUAGUAGGAGCAAAUGAGCAUAGAACAGCAGAGGGAGUGAGGUUGGGUGAUGUAUUGGAAGGGGAGGGAGAGAGAUUAGAGGUAUCUUCCCUGAUUGUAGAAAUCUUCUCAUUGCAGUGAGUUGCAAAGUUUGAGGCGGACAGGGUGGUAGGAGGAGGGGGAGCAACAGGGCGAAGGAGAAAAUUAAAUGUGUGAAAUAGUCAUUUGGGUUCGCGGGAGAGUGUGGUUAUGAGGUUAUUGAAGUGAUUUUACUUUUGCAGAGGAAAGAGGUGGGGGCACCCUCAGGGCACUAUAGUGCCAGGAAAACGAGUAUGUUUUCCUGGCACUAUAGUGGUUCUUUAAAUGUGAGAUUAACUUUGAAUUGAUAGCAAUUCUUUCUUUAGUAAUUAACCUUGAUAAAGAUGUUGUUACAAUACUGAUGUUACAUCAGUGUUACAAUACAAAAAACCCUGGCUAAACUAAUCAACGGUACAAUUUAGAGACUGUUUGCUUCCCGGAAGUAUUUGGAGGCCCUAGUUCAGCUUAAUUUUCUUAUAUAGUGUCACAGCCAUUGUCAGAAUGAUCUUAUUGUCUAAUUUACUGCAUUUAAAUUUCAAACAGGAAACAAAAGUAACUAAGGAAGCUGCGGGCACCAAAUUGGGUAUAAAUAGAGCGCAGAUAGUCUGUGGGUAGCAUAUUAUAUGCCAGUUAAAUAAUGAACAUUUUUUUUGUUUCCCUUUUUGCAUUCUAUAGAGUGAAGAUUUACCGUAUCUCAAGCAACCACGCCAUAAAACCAAAGAGAUACAAUGGCGUCCUUCAUAGCCGAGAAUUUUAAAUUCCUUGCUCUGUUCUUUAAAAGCAAAGAUGUUAUGAUAUUUAAUGGACUUGUUGCCCUCGGAACGGUGGGGAGUCAGGAAUUAUUCUCAGUGGUCGCUUUUCAUUGCCCUUGCUCUCCAGAGAGAAAUUACUUGUAUGGACUGGCUGCUAUUGGGGUCCCGGCCCUCGUAUUAUUUCUCAUUGGAAUAAUGCUAAAUAGUCACAUGUGGAAUAUGGUAGCGGAAUGUCGAAGAAGGGGGAUAAAGAACUGUUCUGCUCCCGCAACAUUCUUACUAUUUGGAUCUGUUGUUGGACGGGCAAUGGUGGCUCCCAUCACUUGGUCAGUGAUUUCACUGCUUCGGGGAGAAGCCUAUGUUUGUUCCAGGAGUGAAUUCCUUAAUCCUUUGUCAUUUCCAGAUGUAACACAUUUUUACGGACCAAAUGUCAUGGCGAGAAUUCCCUGUAAGGAUGCCUCAACCGAAAUCUUGGCCUUUAGAGAAGAAGCAAGAAGAAGAUUAAUGUAUGAAUCCCAGGUAAUACGUUGUUUUAUGUGUACGCAAUUUAUGUAUUUUAUAUUGUAGUGGCAAAAAGUUCAGAAAGUGGCAAGUUUAGUUGGACACGGACCUCCCUGACCAUUUGUGCUGGUAAUGAUGCCACUGGGUGUUAGAGGUUUCAAUAAGGAAACCCAUCUCUGUCUUAUAAAACAUUUUUUCUUUACGUUAAAAGCAGCCUUGUAACUAUUAGUGUAGAACUUACAUAAGAAGUUGUCAGUAGUGAUGUCCCGAACAGUUCGCCGAACGGUUCACCGGAUGGCGAACAUAAACAUAAACUUUGACCCUGUACCUCACAGUCAGCAGACACAUUCCAGCCAAUCAGCAGCAGACCCUCCCUCCCAGACCCUCCCACCUCCUGGACAGCAUCCAUUUUGUUCAUUGUGAAGCUGCAUUCUUAGUGAGCUGUCCAGGAGGUGGGAGGGUCUGCUGCUGAUUGGCUGGAAUGUGUCUGCUGACUGUGAGGUACAGGGUCAAAGUUUAUGUUUAUGUUCGCCGUCCGUGGCGAACCGUUCGGGACAUCACUAGAUGUCAGUUGAACUUACACCUAAUGGCUAUAAAACGGCACCACAAAUAAAAUCCUCUGUUACUUAAACGCUUACAUUAUAGUUUGUAGUUUGUUUCUUUCUGGGGAUUUUUACGGUCUCGCCAACAGAUCUGACCUUUGUUUUUGUUUUUUUAAACCUCUUUGAAAAUGCUUUAUAUCUUGCAUUUGAUAUAUUUUACUUAUUUUAAUUGUCGGCUUAUGAAAUAAAAUAAAAUGUAAAAAAAUCUGGUAAAGUUAUGUAUCAGCUAUAUCUCUUGCGAUUUGUAGUGUGCUUUUGGGAUAUACAGUAGAAUUUCAUUUGUGUACUAUAAGUUAUUCAGAACGUUCCUGAAUUCUGCGUAUUGCUUAAAGGGAAACUGUCAUCAUUUUUAUUAUUACUGAAAAUAUAAGGUUGUGCAUAAUAUAGCCUGUGUCUGCAAUAUUUCAUAGUGCAUCCAUAACUUAUUAUAACUCAUGUUAGUACAUUUCCUGGCUUCCUCUACCUGUGCGAAAGCUGCCAUCUUUAGCCCGCUCGUCAGAAUCACCCCUUACCUGCAAAUUUAGAUUUUUAUUUGUUUUGCUUUUUUAACGCUCUGUGCUUUCUCAUUAUUACAGGAUCCAUGAAUACACUACAUCUAGCUUUUGAUUUUCUGCGUGUUUUUUGUUCGGAUAAGCUCUGCUUCUGAUCAAAGAGCUUAAAAAGAGCCAACCCCUUUAACCCCUUAAGGACACAUGACAUGUGUGACAUGUCAUAACUCCCUUUUAUUCCAGAAGUUUGGUCCUUACGGGGUUAAUGAGGAAACCCACUUUUGUUUUGUUAAAGAUUUUUCCUUUAAGAUAAAAGCUGUUCUAGAUAAAAUCUAAGUCAGAACAUGCAGUGAAAAGCAGUAUUUACUUGUAUAUACGAGUAAAAGACAAAUAUAAAAAAAGUAUGAUCCUUUAACAAAGCGUCAUUAUGCCCUUAGUUUGGUCCUUACAUUAGUUAAUCUGAUUGCGAAACUCCAACAAGCGUGCAGCGCUUGGGUAAAAAUAGCAUUGCAUAGUCUGUAUCACUUUCAUCUUUAAAUCACCAGGAAAUCAUGUCAGAAGAUAUGAACAGAUUGUCUGUGCAUGGAUUAGUUAACAUUUUCAGAAUAUAGAUGUUAAAAUUACCCCUUUUUACUUUUUGUAUGCGUACAUUAAAUACUUUGAGUAGGGUAAAUGUUAUAGGUUGGGUGUAUGUGUGUGUGUAUAUGUAUGUUUGUGUGUAUAUAUAUAUAUAUAUAUAUAUAGACAAACAAUUUUAGGCAUUCAGAUAAUGCUGUUAUAAAACUCUUAAAUGCUCAGCACUGGGUGCCAUGGAUUGUUCUAUAAAUUUGUUUACUUUUUGUGUUUUUGAAAAUAAUUCAGCUGCAGUCUAAGAUUUCUCCUGGCAUAAUAUUUCAUUUAUCUAUUAAAUCUUUAACAUUUUGUCAAAUUUCUAAGAGAUUUUAUUUUGAAUUGUUACUUUGCCAACAAAGUGACUUAAUGUCCCACCACUUGCUCUGUGUAAUAUCCUGUGGUAUCUCGUCUGUCCUUGUUUUUUAACGAAAGAAUGUGAUAUUUACUGUCACCAACCUAACACACUUUUUGUUGUAAAAAGCCUCUACAACGGUCACAUGCUAUCAACUGAAGAGUACAGGAGGUAUUUAGCACAUUAGUAAAAGUAACACAGGAAACUGUCUAGUCAAUUUCCGACAAGCUCUCCGAUUAACCCUACAGUAAAUACAGUUAGAACACUGUAAUCACAUUUUGAUCAACAAGCUAUUAAAGCACGUCUGUCACUGUCUGGGGACUUUGUCAAAUUCACAUAGACCCCCAACAGUGACAACAUUGGGGGGGACAUUUAAAGGUGAGUUUACUUGGCGGAACCUGUCCCUUGCGGGCACCGCCAUCUUGAUCUGGCGGCACCCCUUCAGAGCUAAUGUCACUAAUGUACUCUUGUGCAUGCGCAAGUGCAGCAUUGAGGUCUAUAGAGGAUCCGCAGUUUAUAGACACAGCCAAUUCCCUGCAAAUGUCACAAGUGACAGUUGUCAGGAUAGUCCCUACUUUGUCUCAGUUUAUCUUUUGAUUGGGUCAGAAUUUCAGUGAAAUUCCAACACAGUCAAAAUUAGUAUUUCUUCAAGAUUUUAACUUUAUGAAAUACUCAAAUACUCAAUUUCCAGGGGGGGAACCCCUUCAGCCAAUUACCUUUCUCAGGCGCCAGGCUCCCUCGGCGCUGGGGAACUCUCCUCCCUCUGCCGACUUUAGCUCCGAAUGCGCAUGCGCAUUCAAACUGCCCAUAGGAAAGCAUUGCUCAAUGCUUUACUAUGGACAUCCAGCGUCUUCUCACUGUGAUUUUCACAGUGAGAAUCACGGAAGCGUCUCUAGCGGCUGUCAGUGAGACAGCCACUAGAGGCUGGACUAACCCUCAGUGUAAACAUAGCUAUGUUUUCAGCUGCAGGGUUAACACUAGAUGGGCCUGGCACCCACACCACUUCAUUGAGCUGAAGUGGUCUGGGUGCCUAUAGUGGUCCUUUAAAUUCUCUGCCUUCUCAUUUCUAUAGCAGAAAAAAACUUGCUCAAAGUUAUAAAAAUAAUAAUUACAAAAUAAAAAGUUAUUCUUACUCCAGGAAAAAUGUCUAAUAAUGACAAAUAAAAUCUAAACUUACCAAAACACUUGGUGUCUAAGAUUUCUUCUCCAUCCAGCCAGUGUGCAAACUGUAUCUAAUGCAAUUUGCAGGGACCUAUAACUAUGCCAUGUCAUCCAUUUACACAGUGUUCUAAAAGGAAUCCUUUUUAAAUGAUGUUAGUCACGUGGAACUAUCAGGAGCCCAUUAUAGUCCGUUUGGAACAGUCUCACUUUUUUGGGAAAUCCCCCUUAUAUACAACAUUGAAAAAACACCUAGAAUUUUGAAUAAAAAAAAUAAUUCAUGUGAUGUUUUCUUUUAAAUGUUUAUUAAAGAUUUAGAUAUUGACAUUGCAGUCCAGUUUUUUUGCACACAUUGCAUUGGAAGACGAGAAAAAUGAACUGUUUCUGUAUUUUCUGGUUCUGUUUCCUGUAAUCCUGUCUUUCGAUUUAAACAGUAACCUUUUUUUUUUUUAACUGAAUCAAAUGCAUUUGCAAACCUGUAACACCUUGCUGUACAUUUAAUUAACCUUAUUUAACACAAUUAAAGUAGUUUGUCAUAAUCUAUCAACCGUAUAUAUUUUUACAUACACUGGUGUCAAUUCACAGGUCUGUAUUUUCCAAUCUUUAAUUCUGUUUUGUUUUUAAAUCAAAAAACACAUCUGGUUAACAAUCAGUACAUACCACACUCACUGGGCACUGUAAAUUGUGGGUUUUUUAAGAGAUUUACAAAAAGACACACAAUCUAAGCCACUUUGACUGCUGUGUGAUUGUUGGUGUUAGACAUAGUGUUUUUUUUUGAAUUGUUGAAAAACAUGACUUCUUGAGAUUUUUCACACGCCACAGCCUGGUACAGAAUGCAAAUAAGAAAUUAGUGAUUUUGCAAUGCAUGUGGUUAGGUCCAAACUUUUGCCUUACUUGUGCAGUCUCAGUGAGUGGACUUCUAAUUAAAAAAAAAAAACCCAAACCUUAAAAAAUAGUUUGGGUCUAGGACAUGCAUAAAAAGGACUUAAAAGAACACGUUAGUCAUCAAAUUAACUUUGGCUUAAUUAAGUUUUUGUGUAUCAUGGCCCUACAGUCUCACUGCUCAAUUCACUGUCAUUUAGGAAUUAAAUCACUUUGGUUUAUGUUUAUGCAGCCCUAGCCACAUCUCUGCAGUGAUUGACACAGCAUGUAUGAAAAAAAGGUUUAAUUUUCAAUCAGAUGUUAAAAAAGUUCUAUAGCAAGUUAUCUCCUGUUCUGUAAGUUGAACCUUAAUCACACACACAGACCCCUGCGUGGUCUUAAAGGCAAUUUUCAAUGCAGGAAAUUCUAAAUUAAACAGAACGUGCAAUAAAAGAAGUUUAAACAUUAGAUCUCUCUUUACAGGAAGUGUUUAGGAAAUCUGUGCGUCACAUGUAGGGAGGUGUGACUAGGGCUGCAUAAACAAAGUGAUUUUACUCCUAAAUGGCAGAGAAUUGAGCAGUGAGACUGCAAAUGUAUGAUCUAUACAUCCAGGGGCGUCUUUAAUAUGGGGCAGCUGCCCCGGGCCCAGUUACUCCUGGGGGGCCCAAAGCAGCUGGCCCGUGGCCCCACUGCCCAGAAAAAAAAUAUUUUAGCUACCCCAUGGGCCCGCAGUGGGGCUGCACCAAGGCCCACACUGUUAGGGGGCCCACCGGUUGGCAUGUUUCAGCAGGGCCCGAUCGGGUGCUGUGGCCCUUUAACAGCACAACCAGGCCCCUUGCUUAUCGGUAACUGGGAGAAAGUGAUGGCACGAGAGUACUGGAGCUGCGCGGAAGGAGGCAGAGAGGAGGGGGCAAGGCUGGGAGAAAGCCAGCCCCUACUCCCAACCAACCUAGCCAGAACCACUGGACCCCAGGGAAGCCACCCUCCAGCAAAAGGUAGGAAACUGGAGGGUGGCUAUAAAAAUGUUAGGUUUGCAUGUGUGUGUCCCUAUGUCUGUCAGUGUGUGUAUCUUUCAGUUUAGAGGGCCCAAGCAAAUGCUUACCCAGGGUCCAAUUGAUAUUAAAGACAGCCCUGUAUACACCAAAACCGACUAAUUAAGCUAAAGCUGUUUUUGUGCCUGAAGUGUUUAUUUUGAACAUUAAGCAUGGUAUUUCUUAACAGACUUGUGUGUUUAAUUCAUAAGUCAUAGUGGGGCAUAUUUUAGCUAUGGCUUUUCUAGCCCAUACGGUUAAUCACUUUGGUUAUUUUUGUACAUUUUCUGUGUGUGUAUUCUUUUAUAGUGUGUUUAAAGCAAAAUGAGGGUACAAUUAAAUGUAUACUUUCAAAUGGUGAUAUAUAUAUAUAUAUUUAUUUUUUUUUUACAUUUUUUUUUUCUUCCUGGCAAAUAUUGCAGAAUGGUGAUGUAAUUAUGUAACUUUAAAAGUGUCUGUUAUUUUUAUACAGAAUACAAAACAAGAUUUUUAAUCCUAAAUUAAAGUUUAUUUUUGUUUCAGUGCGGUUGCUUCACUUCCAUAUAUUUUUUUAAUUUUGUAAAUGUACUAAUUUUAUACACACAAAACACUAAUCCAUAGUGUUGUUGCACUGCUUUACUUAUGGUAGCAAAGUAAUUACGUCUGUGGCCAGGAUCUGCUGGUAUAAAUGUAUCAGUUAUAAGUUACCAAGAUUGUCCAAGGUUGCUGCUGAACUAAUACAUUAAUUUCUUUAAAAUAACAGAAAAUGUAUAGUCCAACAACAAUAUUUGGGAUUAAGGACACAUAUCCACUGUCUUUGAUGGCUGUUUCUAUUACAUUGGUGUAAUCCAUUAUGACAUCAGUAGAGAGUGUUGAAGCCAUAUUGGUCAAUUUUGUUGGUCAUCUACAGUUGGGUAGGAAUCAAGUAAAGCUCACUUGUUAGUUAUUGAUUGGUUUUAAAACAUUUAAUAAUUAGCUUUGAGCCUAAAUGUGUCUGUUGUCCAUGUAAUUGCACAUAAAUAUGUAUUGGCCAAUUUUUUUCAAAUGAAAAUUAUAUUUUGUAAUUCUAGAUAAUAUAAAUAAUUUAUUUCCCUUCUCCUUUAGUUCCUUGGAUGGAUGGUGAUUGGAAUAGUUGCAUUGACAAUAUUUUUGGUCAAAUGUUUGCAACAUUGUUGUUCACCUUUAAGUCACCAUCAGGAGGCCUACUGGGCUCAAUACCGGAGCUGUGAGAAUGAUCUUUUUAAUCGUACAGCUGAAGUCCAUGCGAAGGUCUUAGCAGCCAGUAAUGUCAAGCAGUUCUUUGGCUUUGUUGCUUUGGAUAAAGAUGAGAAGGAAAUGGUCCAUGAUUACCCAGUGGAUGAGACACAGCCAAGUCCUCAGUGGAAUGAAAUUACUGGUGUCUACUUGUACCGGGAAAACAAGGGCUUUCCAUUGUACAGCCGUCUCCACAAAUGGGCAAAGAAAGUAAUUGGGAAUGGUAUGGAUCCGGAUGGACGUGAAAUGGCACUGCUCGCAGUGUAAACCUUUGCAUGGACUUGACUUCUUAACCAAGAGUACUUUAUGUUUUUUGGGGCUAAUCACUGGUAACCAGGGUAAUGGUGUUGAUGGGAUGACAUGGUGGGACAAAUGGAGAGAUUGUUUGGUCAUCGGAACUUUGAAUACAGAGACACCACCUAUUGAGUGUAAGAUGUUCACAAGUUGUUAUCUCUUUACAGAUCUUGCAACAGACAAUGUGCUGCAGAUAUUUGAGAUAUAAAACAUGUCCUACAAGACUCCAGUUCCUGGCUAGGGAUGAAUGACUAGAUGACUGCUUUAAAAAGGGUCUAAACCUGGAACAACAUGACUCCGCACUAGCACCACGCAGAGAAUACUUCUGAUAAGAUAAUAUAUAAAUAUAUUUAUUCUUUUCACAAAAUACAGACCUUCUUUUCUAAGAGGGUACACGUGGUAGAUCAAGUGUGGUCAGAAGAUCCACAACGGUGUCUAGCCUCUGUGAUGAUUUGACAUAAUGCUACAACAGUGGUUAAUUUUGACCUUCUCUGUGGUAGACGAUAUAUUGGUAUGGAUACAUGAGAUAAAUAUGAAAAAGAACAAAACACUGCAAACCACUAAAGCACUUCAGAAAAGUGUCUCCCCAUUUUCAUGCUUAAUAAAAGUGCUAAUUUCAAAAGAAAUAAGCACGUUUAUAAAGUGUUUGGUUUUCAUCCUCCCAGUCGUUAGUCAGAUAGCCAGAGGGUGGUUGCUCUUCCUGUCUGCUUUGUACCCAAACCAAAAUGUAAAGCAAUGCUUCUCAUAGUCCUGCGUCCCGGUGUAUCUCUAUGAGAAGCAUUCUGUUGGCCAAAAAAAGAUUUGUGCCGAUGAUCUCAUAGCAAGUGGAGCAGAGCUGUGUCAAGGAAUUGUCUUUAUUUUGGGGAGAGCCGUGGCUGGCAAUAAUCUGAAUUGCCAAUAUGCCACUCCAGCGUUACAAAUAAAGGUAUUUAUUAAAAAAAAGCUUAAUUGGUCCUAUUUCAGCUGGAUUCAGAGUGAACUUUAUAAAAACAUUGUUUACUGCUAGUUGUAUCUGAGUUCCAGUUAACAGCUCCUCAAGCUUACUUCAGGACCAGUCAAGGGCUUCUCAGGUCCAAAUUGGCAAAAAGAAAAUGCUAAACGAUAAAAAUGUAUCUGAAUGUAAUCGGCUCCGAAGAGAACUCCUCACAGUCUGGAAUUUAGUAAAUAAAACUCUUAAAAAGUCACUUGGGUUAAAAAAUAUAUAUAUUUUUCUAUAAUUAAAACCUUGCCUUCUUGUCAAACUAUAACAGGAACAAUACUGAAUCAUCUCCCAAUCAGGCCAUGAUGAUUAUCUAUAUUUUCUUCCUUUGUUAAAACUAUCACGUGUCGCAUCUGAACUCUUAUUAGAAACCUAGAUGAAGGCGCCUUUUAAAUGUACACAUUUUGGUGGACUUUCCAAUAUCUAUAUUGCAUUAGAAAGAUAAUCAGGGUUAUUCACCAAUUUGAGAACUCAAAGUAAAUGUCAGAUAUAGGCGCAAAAUAGCCAAAUUGGGAGAAAAGUCCUACAUUCUUUCAGUUUGGCUACUCCACCCUUAAAGGACCACUCUAGGCACCCAGACCACUUCAGCUUAAUGAAGUGGUCUGGGUGCCAGGUCCAGCUAGGGUUAACCCAUUUUUUAAUAAACAUAGCAG